CAUGUGUGGCCCCAGAAGCGCCACCCUGUCAGUGCUCGCAUCAGUGCCACUGCCAUCAGUGCCACACGAAUGCCACAUAUCAGUGCAUACCAGUGCACAUCAAUGCCACAUAUCAGUGCCCAUCUGAGCUGCCUUUUCAAAUGUCACGCCAUCAGUGCCAGUCAGUUGCCCACCCUAUCAAAUGCCAAUCAUUGCCAUCUAUCAGUGCUGCCAAAUCAUUGCCACCUAUCAGUGUCCAUCAGUGCAGCCUAUCAGUGCCCAUUCACUACAGCCUCAUUAUUGCACAUCAGUGAAGGAGAAAAAUCAUUAUUUAAAAAAUUGUAU